CACCUCUCUUCUACACCAUACAUCUCUCUCUCUCAUAUCUUUGUUUCUCUAAUCACAGUUUUCCUUUCUCAAGCUACCUCUUCAUACAACCACUGCAAGCACAAUAAAUCAAACAUUCCACAAAGAGCAUAUAUAACAUUAACAUAUACACAAACCACAAAACCAAAAACAAUCACCUAAUUAACAUGGCAGCAGCUGUGGCGGCAGCAGCAGCCGCAGCCUCUCUGAGCCGCUACAACAACAACAACAACAACAACAGUUCAACCUCUGCGACCCAAAACCACCAAAACCACCACCAAUUAGGUUUAGUGGUACCUCCAGUAAUGAGUCGCUAUGAGUCCCAGAAGCGGCGAGACUGGAACACCUUUGGUCAGUACCUGAAGAACCACCGUCCACCACUGACUCUCUCACGGUGCAGUGGUGCCCAUGUCCUCGAAUUCCUACGCUACCUCGACCAGUUCGGCAAGACCAAAGUCCACACUGAGAGCUGCCCUUUUUUCGGGCACCCAAACCCACCAGCACCAUGUCCAUGUCCAUUGAAACAAGCUUGGGGUAGCCUUGAUGCUCUCAUAGGUCGCCUUCGUGCUGCCUUUGAAGAGAACGGUGGGCAGCCUGAGACUAACCCCUUUGGUGUAAGAGCUGUGAGGCUGUACCUUAGGGAAGUCAGGGAUGCUCAGGCUAAGGCUAGAGGGAUUGGCUAUGACAAAAAGAAGCGUACCAGGAAACCACACGUCACUACGGAUUCGGAGGCCUAUGGUUCUAUCUAGUUUAUUCCAGUUAUAUGGCAGUUAUUUUGGUCAUGCACAACACAAUAUUUGUCUUGUGGUUGUGGUUGUGGUUGUAUCGUCUUUUUUCUUUGGAUAAAGAAAUUAUGUACUAAUAUUUGGUCAGAUUAUUUCGCUUCUAGUUUGACAUAUCUCAUAAGUUCAUGUACUCGUAAUAUGGUAAAUAAAACUUUCUGACCUUCAAGUUUA